AUAAGGGAAUGUUUUUGUUUUCUGUUCUCCGACUAAUAAUAGAAUUGAGUGAUAUUUGUGAAAUUUCAGGGAAUAAAAUGACGCUGGUCAAUAUGCCGUCGAAUUCGGGAUUUCAAAACGCGCCCGUUUGUAAAACUUUGGGUUUUGUUUUCGGAGGUCUUCAUAUCGCAUCUUUUGUUCCAUCUCUCCGAGGGAUAUUUAGAAAAUUACUCGCAGUCCCUGACCGGCUGGAUAGUGUGGAGAGUUUAAUGCGUAGCCUGGGAUCUAAACUAUUGUUUACUGAUACAAAGAGUGCUGUUCUAGCUUGUGUUAUUAUUUAUAUGUUUAGGGUUUUUGAAAGAAGAUACGGAUCUCUUAAAUUUGCCAGUAAUCUUAUUCUCUCCUGGUUUAUCUCAGUUAAUUUAGAGGUUUUAUGUGAAUAUAUGUUUGGAUAUAGAAGUGUUGGUCCUCUUUCUCUUAUCAUUCCUCUUUAUAUACCCUGGUAUUUUCAGAUACCACUAGUCUCGGCCUCCAGGUACGGACCUAUUACAUUAUCUUCCAAAUCUUUAAACUAUCUGCUGGGUCUUCAGCUGGUUCUAGCCUCUCAACAAUCAAUGGUUGCAUCUUUAUGUGGGCUUGCUGCAGGAGUCCUGGUAUACUGUACUCCUUUAAACAGGUUGAGUUUGCCUGGUUGGGUGGGUUCAUGUUUCUCCGCAACCCUCGGACGAAUUCUUUGCUCCGAACCACAGAAGGAUACAGGUUUGAUGGGAGCUACUAUUGAGAUACAGCGGAGUCAGCAAGCUGAAGCUAUUGAACAACAGCUAAUACGGGCCAGGAACCGAUACAAUGUGCCAGUAGGAGGUGGGGGUAGGCAGUUGAGAUUGGAUGAGAUGUGGGGUGCAGGAGGGGGAGGGGCAGGGCCUAGACACGCCCCCGUCAUACCAUCCCCUGCAAUGCUGCAAACCCUGAUGGAUAUGGGGUUCUCCAGGGAAAGGGCCGAACAGGCUUUGAUACAAUCCCGGAAUAAUCUUGAUGAUGCAACUAGUAUUCUGCUUCAAGAUAUCAUGUAAACUGUAAGCAGUACAUGAGUAGUGUAUUUGGUACAUAACAUGUAAGCUGUAUACCGGGCAGUGCAUGAAUAAUGUGUUCGGUGCAUAACAUUUAAACUGUACCCUGGACAGUACAUGAAUAAUGUACUCGGCACAUAAAUGUACAAAACGGUGUGUUAAUAUGUACAUUGUACACUGUACAGUUUAUUUUCACUCAUCUUUAUUUAUCACACAAAGAAGAAAUUAAAACAAGAAACUUCGUGAACAAUCGAAAUUAUCAUAAUUUUAAAAUGAGGUUUAAACAAUGAGGCAGCGGCUUGUGAUGAUGAAUAAUAAUAUUUGAACCUCUCAACAUGAACUAAAGCAGGGAAAGUUAUCAAAAUAUUUUUCAUUUCAGUAUUUUGUGUUUUAAAAAUGUAAGGGAAUGAUGUAUUAGAAAGUUAAAUGUCAGUUUAUGCUUGUAAUUUUAAUAAAUUUUUCCUUAUGAAUUUU